CUCCGACAGACAGACUCGCCGUGCCUGUCUCCCUACCGCCCUGUCUCUCUGACCGACGUACCUUCACAUCGCACUGAGAGCAUGUCUCAAAAAGUAGAGAAGAAGGUCCCAGUGAAGGGGGGAGCGGACAGUCGACCCUCCUCUGCUGCAGGAAGGUUGGACAGUCGACCCUCUUCUGCUGCAGGAAGGUCGGAGAGUCGACCCGCUUCUGCUGCAGGGAGCACUUCCUCUCGCACUCAGUCUCCAGGGGAUGGCCUGAAGUCCUCUCUCCGAGGCUCCCAUAAAGGCUCAACACACAAAGACUCCACGAGCAGCUCAUCCAGCCAGCGCAAGAAGAGCCGACAACUCAGUGACAACUCCAUCGCUGCCAUCUACGCACCCUACAUCAACGCGCUGUUUGGCCAGGACAGAGAGUUAUUACCCGAGGAGCUGGAUGAGCUGCUGCAGGCCUUUAAGGAGUUUGACUAUGACAGCGACGGCUACGUGCACUACAAGGAUGUGGCCAACUGCAUGAGGACCAUGGGGUACAUGCCAACGGAGAUGGAGCUCAUCGAGAUCAACCAGCAGAUCAAGAUGAAAUGGGGGGGGCAUAUGGACUUUGAUGACUUCUGUGAGUUGAUGGGCCCACGCAUGCUAGCUGAGACUGCUCACAUGGUGGGCCUACGGGAGCUCCGAUGUGCCUUCGCGCAGUUUGACUGUAAUGGGGAUGGACGGAUCACCUUCGAGGAGCUGAAGGAAUCCAUGAAGAGUUUCCUGGGGGAGAAACUGAAGAAGGGCGAACUGGAGGAGAUCCUCACUGACCUCGAUCUCAACGGAGACGGGAACGUCGACUUCGACGAGUUUGUCAUGAUGUUGGCCACCCGGUAGAUUUCUCAUCUCCCACUGCAUGAUGUCAAGUUGCUUCUCUGACAAAACCAGCGCUCAUGUCCUCUCCAACCCACACUAUGCUGCUCCAGUGUAAAUGCUUCAUGGCAAUGUAUUUCUAUAUUUGUAUGAUGAAGCCACUGUAAAGACUAGAUCAAGGAUUAAUUAAUUUCUGACCAAACUGGUGUUAAUCAUUGCCUAA